AUGCGACAGACUAGUGGAGCGCUCGCGAAAGGAAUACAUCCAUGGGAAAAAAUUACCCAAGCCAUGUGGCUAAAAUACCCUAAUCCUAUCUUGCCCAAUGUUUUAGCCGCUGAUGUCUUGAAAAGACAAGUGACGAAUGAUGGCAAGCUAAUCAGUCAUCGAGUAUUAAGUACCGAAUGGUUGGCGUCGCAAUGGAUAAUGAAGUUAUUUGGCUUGACCAAUCGAUGUUAUGUCACCGAGCAUACAGAAAUUGAUCCACGAAAGAAAGUGAUGAAAGUAUUAUCAAGAAAUGUAACUUAUAAUUCGCUAUGUCAAGUAGAAGAAAUUGCAACUUAUCAACAACAUCCGAAAGAUGAAAAUUUAACGUUAGUUACCCAGGAAGCAAGAAUUGUAGUGUAUGGUAUUUCUGGUUUAUUUGAAAAUUUAGUCGCGGGAACAUUUCCGGAUAAUGUAGCAAAGGGCCGACAAGCUAUGGAACAUGUUGUUGCUUCAAUCGCGUCUACUACAGCUGACGCUGAACUUUCAUAG